AUGCUGGAAAACCAGGAAAACCCAGCAACUGAUGGAGCGAAUAUUAAUGUAUCCCUCAUUGGUAGCAUUACGAAAUCGUACUGGACAUUUCUCAGUAGCACCAAGCGUGUUGAUAAGGGUUUUGAAAUGCUUUUAAGCCGAUGUGAACCGCAUUUUAAUCAUUUGCAUAGUAUGCAUCCCGAGAGUUUGGAUGAUUUUGGAUGUUUUAGAUCUCCUGUAGAUUGUCAUCUCGAUCUGGUCCUUCAACCUGGUAUGGCGGCGCUAUAUGAUAAUGUCGGGUUGAAAAAACGUAAAAUCACUGAUCCUUACGAAAACGUGCAUUCUCUACUCGAAAGGAUAUUUUAUCUAUAUAAAGAAGAUGUCACUCGUCCACUUAUUCGUGGUUUGCGGCGACUAAGAUAUUUCCUGAAAACAAACAAUGAUCUUGAAAAGUUUCGUGAUGAUGACAUCCGUGUUUACCGUGAUUCAAAGUUCCUCUGUAGUGUCGCCAGUAUUUCGGAUGGUCUUGUAUGGGAACUACAGCUGGAUACUAGUCAACCACUUGUCAAAAGCAUAAUGAAUAGGCACAGACGCAUAUUACAGUGCGGGACUUUGAUCUGUAUGUCAAAUGAUGUUUUCAAAAAAAAUAUUGUAUAUGGGACUGUUGUUGACAGUCAAAACAAAGAUGACUUGACAAAGAAUGGCAUCGUGUCCAUCGAGUUUCCGCAAAGUUUUAACCCAGGAGAAGCACAGGACUUCUUUACGUUAGUAGAGAGCAAAAGUAACUGUCUCGCACAUAUUGGUGCUCUUGUAGCUCUAAAGGUGAAGCUAGAAAAGGAUGAACAGCUUCCUUUUGAAAAGCAGAUAGUGUAUCAUCAGCAGAGUAACGAUCCGCCAGAUUACUUAACAAGUGGACUAAGUGUUGGAAAAAGAGUUUCUUUUGACUGUCUCCGAAAGAAAUCAGACACUGAUAACGGAAUCGAUGACAACAGGGUUAUUAAGGAUAUCAUUGAACAGAUGGUUUUAAACGUUUGUGCCGACAUAUCAAGUGUGAACCUACCAACAUGGCCUUCCCCAGAAGACGUAGGUAUGGACAUUUCCCAGUACCGGGCAUUUUCAGACGGAUUAAUGCAAGGAUUAGCACUAAUCCAAGGACCUCCAGGGACGGGGAAAACGGUCAUCGCUCUGAAAAUGUUAGAAAUGCUCCUUAACAAUGAAAACAUCUGGUGCAAAAUUAAUGUAGGACCGAUCAUUCUACUCAGCUAUACAAACCAUGCUUUGGAUCAGUUUCUUGAGGGUAUAGUACGGAUGCCAAAGAUGUAUGCAGUUUCAAAUAAGGAUAUUGUCAGAGUUGGCUCGCGUUCUAAAACCGAAAGUUUAGACAAGUUUAAUCUAAGGCAUCGUAGAAAAGAGAGCAAAACAAAAACCCGACAGAAUGCACUCACAGCCUUGCAUGCGGCAGCGGAAGAACACUUCGAAAUUUCUCAUGCUAUUAAAACCUACCAAACAUCACUUGUUCAUGAAAGCUUCUUGCAUGGCGUUGACGUGAUUCCAGAUCAUCUCUUUAUGUCGCUAAAGGAGCAAAAUUUAACGCCAUUACCGGCAGAUGAAACUUAUCUCUGUGGCUGGCUAGAAAUCCUUUCUGAUGAUUUUGUGCCUCAUCACGGCGUGGAAUACGAAUAUGUCGAAAUGAAAGAGGAAUUGGACACAGAGGAAAUUCCGGAGAACGACCGGUUACGUUUAGGAUUUGAUCAAGAGGACGUUGAAUUUGAUCUGUCUGGGAAGAGAAGGACAAAGAAAAACGGAAUCAGAUAUUGGACCUUUGUAGAAAAAGAGAAGACUGCAAUACUCCAAGAGGUGAAACGUCGUAUCAUGCGGACAAGACCGAUGUCGCCAGAAGAGGAAAACAAUAUAAAACAUGUCUGGUAUUUAUCUCCUAAUGACCGAUGGCGACUAUAUGCACUCUGGAUUCAUAGAAUUCUCAGGACAUUAAAAGAGGACGUGAUUACAGCUCAAGAGACUUACCGAAAUGCAUAUGGAAGAUACAAAGAGUGCCGCCAUUCAGAAGAUAUCAUAAUAUUGAAAAACGCAAGAAUUGUUGCCAUGACGACAACACGAGCUGCUACUGAUCAUGAAAUUCUUCGAAAGAUAAAUUCAAAGAUCAUGGUGAUUGAGGAAGCCGCGGAGGUACCUGACCAUCAUUUAUUGGCAUGUUUGGUCCCAUCACUUCAGCAUUUGGUGAUGAUCGGGGACCACCAACAGCUCAGACCAGCCUACAAUGAUUACAAGACAGCCAUGCGAUAUGACUUAAACGUGUCGAUCUUUGAACGUCUCGUUACAGCUGGACUUCAAUUUCAACAGUUGCAGUUCCAGCACAGGAUGAGACCUGAAAUUGCUGAUUUGUUGACGCCAACUAUAUAUCGGGAGUUACAAAACCACUCGAGUGUUAUGGAGAUUGAGGAUGUCAAGGGACUGCAGAAUAAUGUAUUUUUUCUGAACCAUAACGAAAAUGAACACGCCAACUCCAAUCAGGAUGUUAAAAGUCAUAAAAACCAACACGAAGUUGACUUUAUUGCACAGUUCUAUCGAUACCUACGUCUCCAAGGAUACAGAAGUGAAGAUAUCACGGUGCUAACGACGUACAAAGAGCAAGAGAGACUUCUUAAAAUAGAGUCAAACGAUAGCUGCGAAACAAGUGACCAGAACGUUGGAAAUGCACGUGUCACAACAGUAGACAAUUACCAAGGAGAAGAAAACAAAAUAAUUUUGCUGUCACUCGUAAGAAGCAAUGCUAAAGGAACCAUUGGAUUCUUAAGGGAACCAAACAGAAUUUGCGUUGCUUUAUCAAGGGCGAAAGCCGGUCUGUACAUCAUAGGCGAUUGUGAAUUAUUGCGGGAAAAGAACGUUCUUUGGAGCCAGAUAAUCCAGAAAGCGGAAUCAAAGGAUGGCUUGGGACGUCACUGACUCUUUGUUGCAGAAACCAUCCUCAUAUUAAGACUAUGGUUUCAAAGGCAAGCGA